CGCUGCCCUUGGUCUUGGGGUCGUUGUUAGCUCCGAGGCCGCAGCAUUGAUGAUGAGCUUACUUCAGGUUGUGCGUGACCACUGGGUACAUAUACUUGUCCCUAUGGGAUUUGUCUUUGGAUGGUAUCUAGACAAAAAGAAUGAUGAAAAGCUAACUGCCUUCCGGAAUGAGAGUCUCUUAUUCAAAAGGGAAUUGAGGCCCCGUGAAGAAGUCACCUGGAAAUAAAGGCUAUGGCUGAAUUACAGGAUGUUCACAUUUUUUAAAUUAUGGGAGAAAUAAAAACACAUUCAUUAUUUAA